GAUUCAACCACUUCGCUGUUUACAGUUUCAUCGUCUCUUUUGAUCUUUCGCAGAUCCACGGUCUUUCACUAAGUUUCUUCGCUGGUUGAGUCUCUGGUCAAUCACCUUGCAAUCCUUACGUCGUUACCGCAUCUUCCGGGAAUACGCUCCUAUCCAUCAUCCCAGCGACCGCUACAUCCGACCUAUUCAAUGACGCCCUGAGUCGACGAUACGAACAUAUAGAGAUCCUUUCGACCAGCGCAAAAGGAACCAUAUCGCGCGCGCGUCCAUCGUGUUGCCCUCACUGCAGUUGGAUUAUCGGGUCAGCCGCCCGAUAGGAUAGUACAUCACGGGACUUCCACAUUCGGUCGUUUCGACAGGUGCUCUGGAGCGCCGUAUUCCCUCGUUCAUCGACCGUUGAACGUCGUCACGUUCACUCUUGAAAAAAAAUCUUAUAACAUCUGCAUUAGUCUUACUAGGAGACUGCUAAUCUACGACAGCCGCCAUCAUGCGGUUGCUCCCGUUUCUGUCAUGCCUCGUCUUCCUGUGCUCCUCCCCGCUGGUAUCUGCCAUCCGGUUAAUCGAAUCCAACUCGUUGAACCCGUGCCAGGAUAAUUCGAGCUUCACUGCAAGUCUUUUCAAUGUUGUAUUCACGCCAGACAACAGAUCGAUAGCCAUCGACAUUGUGGGAGUGUCGUCCAUUUCCGGACAUGUCGUCGCAGAGCUGGAAGUUAUUGCUUAUGGCUAUACAGCCAUCACGAAGACUCUGAACCCUUGUGAGAUGAAUCUGGAGGGUCUUUGUCCCAUGAACACGGGUCAAAUCAACAUCAAGACAAACAUUCUCGAUAUCCCCCAAAGCGUGAUCGACGCGAUUCCGGGUAUCGCAUUUCAAGUCCCAGAUCUGGACGGCGAAGUGCGUGUCUACAUCAACUCUACUACGACAGGGGAAAGUAUCGCAUGUGUACAAGCAGAUCUGUCCAAUGGCAAGACCGUAUAUCAGAAGGGUGUGGGCUGGGCCACCGCCGUCAUUGCUGGGUUGGGUCUGGCUGCUUCUGCAAUCACUUCUGGACUUGGCCACUCGAACACUGCGGCUCACGUUGCCGCCAACGCGUUAUCUCUCUUCAGCUUUAUGCAAGCUCAGGCCAUGAUCGGCCUGACCUCUAUACAUCUACCGCCCAUCGUGCAGUCGUGGACGCAGAACUUCCAGUGGAGUAUGGGUAUCAUUCACGUUGGAUUCAUGCAGACUAUUUGCACUUGGUACCAGCGGUCGACAGGUGGUACGCCGUCGGUGAUUUUGACGAAGUUGGCUACCACAUCCGUGUCCGUACAGAAGAGAUCUCUGGAAUAUGUCCAGGAUCUGGCUGUCCGAGCCGGUAACCAUAUCAUGAAAAGGGCGAACAGCGAUAGCGGAAAUACGAAAGCGAUCGUUGUCAGGGGUAUCAAUAGAGUCGGGUUCCGCGCGGAUAUCGAGGAGACCAAUAUCUUCAUGACUGGUCUGAUCUUCUUCAUCGUUUUUGUUGGGUUUGUCAUGCUCUUCGUCGCGCUCUUCAAGGGAAUCUGUGAGCUUCUUGUGAAGUCCGGCAAGAUGAAGAGCGACAAAUUCCAGGAUUUCAGAAACGGCUGGAAGAUUGUCUUGAGAGGUAUUCUGUUCCGAUUGACGCUGAUCGGUUAUCCCCAGAUGUGCGUCCUGUGCUUGUGGGAGUUCACCAAGCGCGACUCUGCCGCCGAAGUCCUCUUGGCUGUCAUCAUGUUCGUUUCAAUGACUGGCGCCCUGGGCUGGGCUGCACUGAAGGUUAUCCGACUGGCCAAGCGAUCCGUCUCCAUGCACAAGAACCCGGCCUAUAUCCUCUACUCGGACCCGACUUGUCUCAACAAGUGGGGUUUCUUGUACGUCCAGUAUCGAGCCACUGCAUACUAUUUCGUCGUUCCAGUGCUUGUCUACAUCCUGGUGAAGAGUAUGUUUAUUGGUCUUAGCCAGGCAGCACCGACCGUGCAAGCUGUCGCUCUCGUGAUCAUUGAAGCACUCGUCCUCAUUGGAGUCUGUGUUCUCCGACCUUGGAUGGACAAGAAGACCAACGUUUACAACAUCUCCAUUGCCGCUGUCAAUUUCUUGAACGUUAUCUUCCUCCUUGUCUUCAGUGACGUUUUCGACCAGCCUGGUAUUGUGACAGGUGUUAUGGGCGUCGUCUUCUUCAUCUACAACGCAGUCUUCGCCUUGACUCUUCUGAUCCUCGUCUUGAUCGCUUCUAUCUACGCUGUCGUCUCGAAAGAUCCGGACACUCGCUACCAGCCCAUGCGUGACGACCGUGGAUCGUUCAUCAAGUCGCAAACCCAGUUGACAACUGAGCUCGAUGCUCUGGGCGCUACAGCCAGAGGAGAAUUGAAACCUGGUCAAUACAAGUCCGGGUUCGACGAUGAUGAUACCUCGUUCUCUAGUGGAAACGGCGCCAGUAUCGGCCGCCAGAACGAUGAUAGCAUUGCUGUGCCCCAGCAUGCGGCUAGACAAUCUCCGCACUCUCCUGUUGACCCGUCGGUACCGCUGUUCCCGAGCAACGGCUCCAGCAACUCUUCGUCGCAGAGUCGAGGCCCGCCCCCAAGUUACAAUAAUGGGUACUCAACAACGGAGUACGUUGGGCGGACUCCCUCUCCUGCUCCGGGAUCACGCGGCGGUGCAACGCUGGCAAAUCCGCAGGCAUUCAGGGCUCAGCACAAUGCAAGUCCUUGGCAGAGAGGGGCAGGCUACGAACAUUGAAAAGAAUGUUCUCAUUCCUUUCACUUUGUUCGAAAUGAAGAUACGGCAAAUUCAUACUCAGUUGUCUUUGCAUGCGCUGCAUUCUCCUGUAUUGACUAAUCAAGGUUCUUGAUCGGACUGUUCUACUUUCGUCGAAUCUCUAUCCGUGGGAAUCCUAUGUAUUAAGCAUUUUCUU